CUUGUGACUGAUGAUGGAUGUAGCUACAUGGUACAAGAUCUCACCAUUUCUCUUUUGGUUUAGUCGUCCGAUUAUUCCUCUCCUCUCCUGUGAUCCUGUCCAUCAGCCUCAUGAGCUUCUGCUGGCCUUUUCUCCCGAAUCAUCAGUCAGCAAGGUUUUUCUUCCUUGUUUAGGGAAAAAAUGGCUUUCAGGCCACUUGAGGUAUGGAACCGUUGGGCCAUCCAGAUCCUGCUGCUGCUAAGCCUCGGCAUGCACGUCCUCCUCCUCCCCCUCGCCGGAAUCCGUCGCCGUCGAGCCCCAAUGCUUCUUCGUGUCCCUCUAUGGCUGGCAUACCACCUGGCCGACACCAUCGGCAUCUACGCCAUCGGGCUCCUCUCCCUGAGCAGCGCGCCGCGCGAGCACCGGCUGAUGCCGUUCUGGGCGCCCUUCCUCCUCCUCCACCGCGGCGGCCCCGACAGCAUCGGCGCCUACGCGUUCCACGACAACCAGCUCUGGCUGCGCCACCUGCAGCUCUUCGUCGUCAACGUCAUGGCAGUCACCUACGUCCUCUACAUACAUCUCACUAGAGGCGACGCCUUCCUUGCCAUGGCCGCUCUUCUGAUGUUCGCCGUCGGCGUCGGCAAGUACGGCGAGAAGGUGGCGGCGAUCAGGGGCGGCAACAAGAACAGCAUCCGGAGCUCGCUCCCCAAGAAACCGACCGCCGCAAGGCACCACCACGUCCACCACUGGGACCAUGGCUUGUUGCCGAACAAGGCCGCCGCCGGCGCCGCCGCCGUCGACGAGGAAGAAGCCUACCUGCGGCACGCGCACCACAUGUUCCACAUGUCCAAGCGCGCCACCGUGGAUUCCUGGCUGGAGAAAGACCCCGAGCACCACACCAUGGAGAUGCUCAGGGCGCUCAGGAAGCAGGACGCCAUGGGCAUGUGGGCGUUCGCGGAGCUGCAGCUCUCCCUGCUGUACGACGUCCUCUACACCAAGGCCGCCGUGAUCCACACCUGGCCGGGCUACCUCCUCCGCCUCGCCUCGUCUCUCGCCAUCGCCGCCGCCGCGUUCCUGCUGUUCCGUUUCAGCGGCAGAGACGACGUCGACGACGACGUGGUCGACGUCGUCGUCACCUACGUCUUGCUCGCCGGCGCGUUCGUCAUGGAGGUGGCGUCGGUGAUGAACGCGCUGGGCUCCUCGUGGACCUACGCCUUCCUGUGCACCACGCGGUGGAGCUCGCUCCGGUACACGGCGCUGUGCACCGGACGAUGGGAUCGGCUUCGUCAGCUUGUCAAGACAAUCCAUGGAAGAUCUGAUGUCAGUGUUAGGAGAUGGUCAGGAGAGAUGGGGCAGUAUAACAUGUUCCAUUUCUGCAGCCGUCACAGAAGGGCUCACAGGCCACUUGCAGGAAGAAUCGCCAUGGCGAUGGGAUUCGAGGACUGGUGGAACAGGAAGCAUUACUCGGCCACGGCGAACAUCUCCGAUGAGCUCCGGCAGGAGCUGUUCCGGUACGUGCAGAGGCUGACGGAGACGGGGCUGAACUCGCAGGGCGUGAUCAGGAAGAGCUGGGGACAGGAGGCGCUCGAGAGGGAUGACAAGGGUUUGUACGAACGCAUCAAACGAGACAGGAACCUCGGCGUCGAGUUCCAAGAGGGCGUCAUCAUAUGGCACAUCGGCACCGACAUCUUCCUCGCCAGAUCGAGAAGCGGCAUAGAGGAAGCAGCUGCUGCUGGUGGUGGUGUUGGCGACGAUGCAGGAGCAGCAGCAGCAGACCUGCCGCUGGUGGUGAAGAUGAUCAGGACACUGUCCAACUACAUGAUGUUCCUGCUCGUGAACCACCCAAACAUGCUGCCUGGGCUUGCACAGGGCAUGGUGUACCGGCGAACCUGCGAGAACCUAUCAGACAGGAGCAAGACUCAUCAACAAGGUGGUCAUGUUAUUAGCAGAGAGAUUAUUGGUACAAAGCUCAGGGAGAUGUUCUGCCUGCAGGAUGGCCCAGCUAGUGUCGUCCCUGCAGAUAGCCAUGUACAUGAGCUUGCCAACAAGGUGUAUGAGGAGAUGCCAAAAUACAGCCAGAGUGUCCCUCGUCUCUGCUACGCCAAUGGAGUCGCGGUAGAGCUGCUUGGCAGAGUGAAGGAGAAAGGCGUCGAGGCCGUCUUGAGAUUGCUCCGUGAUGUGUGGAUGGAUUUCGUGGUGUAUGCCGCCAAUCGGUGCAGCAGGGAGUCCCACGCCAAGAAGCUCAGCAGUGGUGGCGAAUUGACCAGCGUUGUCUGGAUUAUGACAGACUUCCUUAACCAAGAAGCUUAUGCACGACAGAAAGAUUGAGUGUCUUUCAAUUCGGCCAGAGAGCUAGUGUGUGUAGCUGACUCCGUAUCUAUCCAGAACAACUGGCUGUUGUUAGAGUUCAUUCAUUUCUUUGAGAUAUUGGUCACGAAAAGUUACAGAUAUGAACAUAUUGUAUGUAAAGAUCCAUCGAGGCUUUCAGGGGAAUGCAAAUAUUGCAAGUAAACUUUCUAGUUUGUUGGAUUCCUCUGUUGGCCACACCAAUAAACCGGUAUUGUUACUGCA